AUGGAUGGACCAAGUUUACCUUAUUGUAAAAAUCUCUAUGAUUACCUAACGAGAUGGGAAGACGGCUCAUCAUUUAAACUAGAAUUCUCACCAGAUCAACCAGGAUUUGAAGACCAAUUAUUUUUCCUUAAUAAGGAUACUCAGAACCAAACAAUUGAAUUGGUAUGUUUCAAAAGUACGUACUUGAAAGUUUUUACAGAAUCUCAUAAGUACUUUAACCAAUAUCUAGGCGAUACAAAUGAACAGUCGAUUGAUUGGAAUGUAUACUAUAUGACUAUAGGCUAUCUACUUACGACACCCGAGAACAAGAUGCUUCUGAAUUUGCAUGAAGAUUGUGUGCUGAAAUUAUUAUCACACUCGACAGAUAAAAAGGAUUUUUUAACUAGGGAACUAUUGAUGAUUCAGAGUUUAUUAACAUCAACACGAAAUUCAUUAAAUAAGUCUUCGUCAUUGUGGUAUUGGUACCGUAAGUUAUACAUAUUAAUCAAACAACAUACUUCUAUUUUGGAGGAAACUUUGUCGAAACUUUGGAUAUCCACAUUUAAGAAUUCUGCAGAAUUACAUAAAUGUAAUUAUUAUUGUUGGAAUACAGCUCGUUGGUUUUUCGAUAUCGUACCUUCCCUAAAGGUGAAAACAGAUAUAUUUGAGAUGACAAAAGACUUCUGUUUUAAACAUGUUUCCGACUGUUCGAGCUGGGAUACAUUAGGGUAUAUAACAUCCCAGCACUUAGAAAAUAAUAUGUUUAAUUUCACCAAUUAUGAGUUUUUACUGAGAAGAUAUAAAUUGGAUGGAAAUGUUAAAGUGUAUACAGACACUAUAAAUUUAUCAACUCCUAUAGCACUUGACCUAGGUGUUGAAUCUAUAGUCAGGGAUCUGAUUCUUUAUGUAGAUUCGCUAUCAGUAAAAGAUUGGACAGUAUUUCUAUGCCUGUCAAGAAUUAUGAAUUCAUCAAAGAUAGUCCUUGCUGAUCAUAUACGAAGGUACUGGUUGGAUCAAAUAUCAAAAUUUGAGGAUCAACAAGGUAUUAUCAGUUUUAAAAAUAUGAAUCCCAUUAUUCCAUUGUCCAAGAGAGAUGAUUUAACUAUUUCUAACCUAUUUUUGCAUUAUGGAUGGAAGAAAAGGUUUUUAGAAACCAUUUGA